UUUCCUUGUGACAUUGACUGAGAUAGAAAGUUGAACUUACACUCCAGUGCAUCUUGGAAGAUAACCACAAUCACUCGUGAGCCACUUGUUGAUACGACAAUGCUUCUCUCUGUACUCAUCUUGGUUUUCAUCAGCUGUUGUCGGGUCUCGGGGACCCCAACAACUUCUAACGAAACGAAAAGCGAUAGCGAAAAGUACUAUAACCUCACCGAAAAGUUUGAGAAGCAGUGGAAGGUAACGAUAAAGGGGGCCAUUAAGCCCCUGAUGCCCUUUAUGUUGAGAAUGAAUGAAGAGAAUGAUUUAUCAGGAUCAUGCAGGAGGGCCCUGAUGCUUUAUCUGUCAGGACUCAACCAAGCCAAAGUUUGGGCUAUUCGAAUGCUAGAUGCCACCUCGAAGUUGCCACCAGGAGUUCUACAGGGUACCUUCGUCGAUUACGGUUCUUUUGACGAGUGCCUCGCAGUAGAGGGUCCUGGGGCUAAAUUCACAGGCCAAUCCUGCGCCAUCGAAGCCCGCCCUCCCUUACCACCGCUUUCACCUGGGUACACAUUGGUGAAGACUCACUUAAAUGGAAAUAACGGAACGUUGAGUGGUUAUUUUCGAGUGACUUACGAGGCUCUUCACCAUAAAAAGUUGCGGGUUGUAGCUUGUGUGCCCUCCUCAUGCAGUCUGCAAGAUAUGAGAGUCAUUGCUAGAAAAGUGGCUGAAGAGACCGACUUCGACAUCAAAAUUCCACAGUGUUAUAAAAAAGAAGCAGCGCCUCUGCAAGCUAUACAUUGGACGGUUAUAUUUUUCUUGGGAUUGCUACUCAUACUGUGUCUCAUAGGCACAGGAGUAGAAUUGUUUUCUGAGAAGAAAGCAUCAACACUCAGAAGUCUGCUGGAAGCGUUUUCCUUGUCCUCCAAUGGCCGCCGUCUUUUUUCUGCUCCCGGUGGCAGUUCCACUGAGUUCUGCUGCAUCCACGGCGUACGAGCCCUCACCAUGUGUUGGGUAGUUUUGGGACACACUUACGUAUUAAUGGAUUUCGAGCUUCUCAAGGACCCUUCCGAAAUACAAGGUUGGUUCAAAGCUUUGGAAUUCGAAUUAAUCCAUAACGGGUGGCUCUCCGUCGAAACGUUCUUCCUCCUCAGUGGAAUUUUGGUGACCGUUGGAGGUCUAAAGUUUCUGCAGAAAAGCAAAGGCUGUUUUAACGUACCAGUAAUGGCUCUACGUCGAUAUUUCAGAUUGACCCCUUCUCUACUAUUGUUGAUGGGCCUCGUUUUCUUCCUACCUCUUAUUGGUUCCGGACCCUUCUGGUAUCAGCAUGUUGAUCCCCAGGUGGAGUCCUGCGCCAAAUAUUGGUGGACAAGUCUAUUGUUUAUAUCCAAUUGGUUUGGAAUAGACAAAGGGUGCACCCUAGUUACAUGGUAUCUGGCGGCUGAUUUGCAACUCUACAUCGUGGCUCUUUUUUUCCUUCUAGUCUUGAACAAGUAUUGUAAAUUAGGCUUAGCAAUACUGAUGUUGUCGAUUGUUGUUUCGUGCAUUGCUGUUGGACUACAGACCUUAGUACACAAAAUCAUGCCGUCCGCUAUGAUAUCGGCUGUCAACAAUGACAAGGUACAUGAGGUGCUGAACCAUGUCCACGUCUACACUCUUACCCACCUAGGCCCCUAUUGUUUAGGUAUGCUGCUAGGAUACAUUGUCUUCAAGUAUAAAGAACACAAGUUAGCUAAGGGCUACGUGAUAAGUGGAUGGUUGCUGUCAAUUUUACUGGGAAUGUCUUCGGUUCUCGGUACCCAUCGUUUCUCUACGGGUGAGGAAGAAUCCAGGGCUUUGGCCAUCCUGUACGCCGGCCUACACAGAGUUGUCUUCACGUCUGCUGUCGCCUGGGUCCUCUAUGCAUGCAUCACGGGCCGUGGAGGUCCUGUGAACACUCUUUUAUCAUCAGCUGUGGUUGCGCCCUUCAGUCGCCUCACUUUCAUGGUUUACCUCAUUCAUCCUCUGGUCAUUUGGACAAGACUGGGCAGUCGAAGGGAGAGGCUAUCCACCACGCACUACGACAUGGUGUACGAGUAUUUAGCCAAUCUCGUGACAGCUUUCGCCUUAGCCACGCCCUUCUAUUUGCUCUUAGAGGCUCCUCUCACCAACAUCGAGAGACUGCUCAACACUCGGCCUAAUAAGAAUGAAGAAACGCAAGAAAAGAGCAUCAAAUGAAAAAAUUCUUUUGCUGUCUCUAAUUACCGACUAAUACCAAUUCACAGAUUCAGGUCUGUAAAAAGACAUUAGAAAUGUGCAAUUUAGGGUAAUUAAUGGAAAGACUUGCUGCUGCGGACAGUGUUGUGCAUGUCAUUUUGAGAUGUGCAGCUUCAAAGACGCAGCAAUUUUUCCGAAUUUUGUGGAUACAGUUUUGUUUUUGUGUGUAUAGUCUGAGCUUCUGUAUAUAUUUUUCGUACACAUAUUUAUGUAGUAAUAAAAAUAUUUAUUG